AAACAAGAGCGGAAAAGAGGUCCACCACAAAAUCAUGCCGUCAGGGUGCUCACUCCAGGCUGACAACAGGUUCGGCCCUGUAAUAGACCGCGGGUGCCGUGGUGGCUUUGAUUUCACGCUAUUGUUUGAACAAGCCAUACUUGGUCUCGUUCCUGCGGUCGCGUUUCUCCUCGUGUGUCCAGUUCGAUUGCAAAUCCUGGUUAAGAGAGAUGUGCGAACGCAGCCUCAUCUAAUGAGAUUGGCAAAGCUAAUAACUGCCGUGGUUUUUGCCGCGAUUCAACUUGCCCUACUCAUUAGCUGGGCAAAGAAAAUUCAGCCAUAUACAAAGCUCUCUGUGGCAUUGAGCGCAAUAAAUUUAGCAGUGGCAAUGGAAAUUGUGAUCCUGUCGUGGGCGGAAGAUGAGCGGUCAGUUAGACCUUCAUCACUUCUCGCCAUCUACCUCCUCUUCACAUUACUUUUCGAUGUUGUACAAACGAGAACUUUGUGGUUAUCCCACGGGAAUAUCCUGAUUCCUAGUCUUUUUACGGUAAGUAUCGCUGUGAAAACAGCGAUGGUGCUUUUUGAGAGCUUGGGAAAGCAGAAACACCUCAUUGGGUCCUAUCAAGAUCUCCCACCAGAGUCGACGAGUGGAAUUGUCAAUCGUUCGUUCAUGUGGUGGCUAAACCGUCUGUUUUUCACGGGUUUUCGAUCCUUGCUUACUGCUGAAGAUCUUGAUCAUCUCGACAAGUCCCUGGAGUCCGCGGGCACGGCGCGGAAGGCAUUGAGAGCCUGGGUCCUACGCCGGCGUCCUGAGCGCCGCUUCGAAUUCCCAUGGCAAAUGGGUCGAGCUUUCAAGGUGCCACUUGCUCUCACAGUACUUCCACGCUUAUGCUUGAUCGGGUUUACCUUCUCACAGCCCUUCUUGAUCACAUCUAUUCUCAACUGGCUUGAUAACUCUCAUAGCGCGAGCAACGACGGCUAUGGUCUCAUCGGCGCCACAGUUCUAAUAUAUUUGGGAAUGGCCAUCUCAACCCUCUUAUAUGACCAGAUGUUGUAUCGCUUUGUGACAAUGUUUCGAGGGGCAGCAUCGUUGAUGAUUUACGACCAUGCCUUACACAUCCCUGAUGGUAUCCUAGAGGAUCGUUCUGCCACAAUUACUUUAAUGACUACGGACAUUGACCGGAUCAUCAACUGUCUAAUCAUUUUGAACGAAUCUUGGGCGCGGACAAUUGAGGUGGGCAUUGGCAUUGCGCUACUUGCGCUUCGUUUAGGGUGGGUUUGCCUGGUGCCACUAGUGAUCGUUCUCAUAUCAAGUGGAGGAAGUAUUUAUAUCUCGAAGCAUAUAGGAGGGCAGCAGAAAGUGUGGGUGGAUGCUGUGCAGCAACGCAUAGCGAUCACCCGUUCAAUGCUGGACCAUAUCCAAACAGUCAAGGGAACUGGGUUAGCUCAAACCUUUAUUCAGCUCGUACAGAGGAAAAGAGCCCAAGAAACCCAUCAAAUGGCCAAUUACCGAUGGAGUAUGGUCUGGAAGAAUAUGAUCCAGAAUCUGCCUUGGGCCUUAGCGCCAGCUUUGACCUUCGUUGUCUACGCUGCUCAAGGAAAGGAACUGAAUGUUACCAAGGCAUUCAGCAGUCUAUCUAUCAUAACCCUUCUGACUAAUCCGGCUUCUAAGCUAUUAAGCGCGAUUCCUUCCAUAGCGGCUGUUACGGGAUCUUUUGAUAGAAUACAGGCAUUUCUUCUGUUGGCAACCCGUCCUCAAGACAUAGGUGAGAACAUUCUUGGCACGAUGGAAGCAGAAUCCGAUGCAUCUCCACGUAUUACCGAAGUGCAAUAUAUGACUUCCAAAGGCUCACCGAACACUGUUGACCUUCAAUCACCCGUUAUCUCCAUGGACCGCCUCAACAUUCGCCCAUCCCCAUCAGCAAUGAUUGUCUUGAGAGAUGUUAGUUUAGAAAUACCCCUCGGAGCGCUAGUCAUGAUCCAAGGGCCAGUUGGAUCAGGCAAAUCGACCCUACUUCGGGCUAUACUUGGUCAAGCGGUCUGUGAGACAGGAUCCACGACAGUGACCAUUCGACAACCGGCCUUCUGUGCACAAACACCGUGGGUUCCAAGUGGCACCAUCCGCGAUGCAAUCUGUGGAGCCUUCUCGGCAGGUUCGGUGAGGGAGGACACAUUUGAUAAGCCGUGGUACGCGGCUGUUCUUUACGCAUGUGCUCUCAAUUCAGACCUGGAGAUGCUUCGCGAUGGAGAUGCCACGCGGAUUGGGCAAGGAUCUGGCCAUCUACUGAGUGGUGGUCAAAUGCAUCGGAUCGCUCUUGCUAGAGCGGUAUACGCUCGCAGGAAGCUUUUGCUUUUAGAUGACGUAUUCAGUGCACUAGACCGGAAAACCAGGACUACUAUCACAACGCGUCUUUUGGGAGUUGACGGACUGCUCAGAAAAGCAAAUUCGACCGUGGUUUUGGUGACACAUGAGAUGGAUCAGCUGUCUCUUGCGGAUCAGAUAUAUGUUCUUUCAGAUGGACGUCUUCGCCAGAAAGAGCCCCGCGAUGGGAAUAUUUACCAAGGAAUGGGGUCUGACGCUGUGGAAAAUGAAGGAUCAAAAGGAUUGCUGGCGCUGGGGGUGGAGGAUAAAGCCGCCAUGUUCUCCAAGGUGAAUGAGAUCGACGAUCUCAGGAGGGCUACAGGGGACUCUGCUGUCUAUACCUACUAUCUGCGCUACGUUGGGUGGACGAACGCCGUGAUAUUUAUUUUCUUCGUAACAAUAAAUGUCUUCUCCAGUACAUACAGUCGCAAGUGGAUUCUUACUUGUGCUACUCCCGAUACCGCUGACAUCAGUUUUCUACUAGAAAUUUGGCUUGAGCGAUGGGCCGAUCGUGGUGGAAGUCAAAAGGCACUUUAUGUCACUGUGUAUUUCCUCCUCGCCACAUGUAACACCAUCGGAAAUGGUGGUUAUGUUUGGGCUACACUCAUUCUGAUCUCGCCCUCAACAGCGCGCCGGCUUCAUUAUGUCGUACUGAAGACCAUCAUGAUGGCAACGCCUCAAUUUAUAGCCACCGUUGACAUUGGGUCAAUACUAAACCGGUUUAGCCAGGAUAUGACCCUGAUAGAAAGCGAUUUACCUAUUGGCAUUUUAAUCACGGUCUCAAAUCUCUUUUCGUCAAUUGCAAAUGCUGCGUUGACUGCAACCGGAUCGAAGUACAUGGCAAUAUCUGUGCCCUUCCUGAUUAUCUCUCUCUUUCUCUUACAGCAUUUCUAUCUGAAAACAUCGCGACAGCUUCGUUUACUGGACCUGGAAAGCAGAAGUCCGUUGUACUCCCAUCUUCUUGACACCGUCGAGGGCCUUGCUACAAUUCAGGCAUUUGGAUGGGAAGCAGAUUUUCGAAUCGCUAAUUCAAAAUUGCUGGAUGCUACCCAGCGCACGUAUUAUAUGCUUAAUUGCAUUCAGCGCUGGCUCACCUUGGUCUUGAACCUCAUCGUUGCUGCCGAAGCAGUCAUUAUCGUCAGCUUAGCAGCGUCUUUAAAACAUACAACGAGUGUCGGAUUGCUUGGAGUAUCGCUCAACAGCAUUCUUGCCUUCAAUGGUAGCCUUUCAUCUCUCAUAUCGGGUUGGGCACAGUUGGAGAUAUCCCUUGGCUCAAUUUUACGCGUCAAAGAUUUUGAACUUACAGUGCCACGUGAAAUUUCAACUGAGCAGGGAGAAGUCCCCAUCGACUGGCCAAGUCAGGGAUCUAUUAAGAUCUCGGACAUGACUGCACAAUACAAUUCUGAAGUAGCAGUACUAAGCAAUGUCUCUCUGAAAUGUUUGCCAGGUCAGAAAAUCGGUAUCUACGGACGUACUGGGAGUGGAAAGAGUUCUUUACUAUCGGCAUUAUUAGGCAUGCUAACCGUGACUCACGGGUCAAUUGUUAUCGACGACAUUGACCUCGCUACUCUCUCCCCUGAUAGAGUCCGCGAAAGACUUGUCACCAUCUCCCAAACACCAUUCAUCAUGGUUGGCUGUACAGUCAGAUUCAAUCUAGAUCCCACCGAAACCCUCCCCGACGUAGACAUUAUCGCGGCUCUCGACCGAGCUGGAAUCUGGGAUGGUGUGCUACUCGAAAGAGGCGGGCUAGAUGCCAAGAUAAACGACACUCUAUUGCUAUCUCGAGGCGAGCAACAACUGCUACAACUUGCUCGUGCAAUGCUGAAAAUACAAGCAAGCAACGCUAGGAUCCUGUUGAUUGAUGAAGGCACCAGCAGCAUCGACAUGAAAACUGACGCUAGUGUGCAAGGCCUUCUGCAACAGGAUCCCUUUCGUACAUGCACAGUCCUUACGGUUGCACAUCGUGUCCACACUCUUUUGAAUUAUGAUCUGAUUGUCGGUCUAGAUCAGGGAAAGGUGGUAGAGAUGGAUAGGCCUACAGUCCUGAGUAAUCGGAAAGAUAGCAUCUUUAGCACCCUUCUCAAUAGUGGAGGAUAUUAGUUCACGGAAUGGAGAUUUACAGAGCGAGGCAGAGCUAUCUAAAGGGCGAUGUAAAUAGUGAUCAUUGAGAAAAUUGUAUAUGGCCACAAGACAUAGAACUUGGGCGUUCUCGCUU